AUGGAAAUUUUCUCCUUUUUCAAUUGAGGUAAUCUUAAUUGUUUGCAGGAACCCUAAAUUGAAUUUCGUGGCUUUAUCAUGGGUGACGAGAUUUUAUUCAAAGGAAAGAAGGAGAAGAGGAAACAGACUAAGGAGGACGCUAUUUAUGGCACCUUCUUCGAAAGUGAUUCGAGCUCUGAUGAUUCCGGCGGCUCUCGAAGGACGAAGAGGCGUAAAACCAAACCUGUCAAUUUUCUUUCUGCAGGUAACAUUGAUCAGGUACUGAAACAGAAUCGGGGGAAAACUAAAAUUGAUGAGUAUCAAGAUACUAUUUUACCUGAUGCAUUGGGUAAGAAGAUAGCUGAUAAGACACAUGUGAGAGAGAAGAAGGAUAAAAAGGAAAACUUUGAAAAGUUCAAUGGAGGGAUUGGUAUGAAAUUGCUCGAAGAAAUGGGAUAUAAAGGAGGUGGGCUUGGGAAGAACCAGCAGGGAAUUGUGAUUCCCAUUGAAGCGCAACUGAGACCGAAGAAUAUGGGUUUGGGUUACAAUGAUUUCAAGGAGAAGACUGCACCGUUGUUGCCUGCUUUAAACAAGGUUGAGGAGAAGAGGACUGUUGAGGUCACUGUUAGUGAGAAUCAUGGUGAUGGAAGGAGGAAUCUUUGGAAAAAGAAGAAUAUGAGGAAGGAAGUUUAUAUUACUGCUGAGGAGUUUUUGGGGAAGAAACAGGAAGAGGGUUUUGGUUGUGGUCAGACCAUUAUUGAUAAGCGAGGACCACAAGGUCGAGUUGUUAAAAGUUUACGAAAUUUAUACGCAGAGGAGAAAGCAAGAGAUGCUAAUGUUCCACAGCCAGAGUUACAGCAUAACUUGAGGUUUAUUGUUGAGUCAGUCGAGCAUGGAAUUCUGAAGAUUGAUAAAGAUUUGAGGAAUGAGAAAGAAUCAGCCUUGAGCUUGCAGCAAGAGAAGGAGAAAUUUAAAAUGGGGGAAAAGAAACAGAAAAUUCUGUUUGACAACUUGGGAUAUAUUGCAGAGGAAAUCGAUCGAAUUGAGAUGGAGAAUGCGUCUGGGAAUUUAACAUUGGAUUCACUUGCCAAUUGUUUCAAGGACCUGCGUUCAAGCUAUCCUGAUGACUAUAAGAGUUGUAACUUGUCAUGCAUUGCUUGCUCACUGGCCUUGCCUCUCUUUAUCAGGAUGUUUCAGGGUUGGGACCCUCUUAGUGAUGCAGAGCAUGGUAUCGAGGCUAUAACUUCCUGGAAAAUGCUACUGGAAGUUGAGGACAAUCAAAGCAUCUCGAUGCCUUAUAGCCAACUUGUCUCAGAGGUAAUUUUACCUGCUGUGCGAGUAUCAGGCAUCAAUACUUGGGAACCUAGAGAUCCUGAGCCAAUGCUGAGAUUUGUAGAGACAUGGGAGAAAUUGCUACCUUCGUUUAUUUUCCAAACGAUUUUGACCACAGUAGUGCUGCCCAAGUUGUCCACCGCUAUUGAAUCUUGGGAACCACGUUUGGAAACUGUUCCCAUCCAUGUUUGGGUGCAUCCGUGGCUGCCAUUUCUUGGUCAGAAGUUGGAAAGUGCGUAUCAGAUUAUUCGGAUGAAAUUCGGUAACCUUCUUGAUGCUUGGCAUCCUAGUGAUGUGUCUGUCCACACUAUUAUUUCCCCUUGGAAGACUGUUUUUGAUGCUGCAAGCUGGGAGCAGCUUAUGCGUCGUUACAUAGUUCCUAAAUUACAGCUGGCUUUGCAAGAGUUCCAGAUAAACCCAGCAGACCAGAAUUUAGACCAGUUCAAUUUGGUUAUGGGGUGGGUAUCUUCAGUACCCAUACAUCUAAUGACUGAUCUGAUGGAGAGAUUCUUUUUCCCCAAGUGGCUGGAUGUUUUAUAUCAGUGGUUGUGUUCAGAACCAAAGUUCGAUGAGAUAAUGAAGUGGUUUUUGGGCUGGAAAGGAUCAUUCCCACAGGAGCUUUCUGCAAACAGGAGGAUCGAAAUCCAGUUCAAGCGUGGUCUAGAUAUGGCGAGGGAAGCAGUUGAACGGAUGGAAAUGUCUCAGCCAGGGGCAAGGGAGAACAUAAGUUACCAUAAGGCACAAGAGCAGAGGCAACCUGAGGGUCGUGCUAAGGUUCAGGCUCAGGUGGAUGACCCCGAGGAACUGAGUUUUAAAGAAGCAGUAGAAUUAUUUGCGCAGGAGAAGGAGUUGCUGUUGAAACCUAAACCUCAUAGAAUGCACAACGGUCUUCAGAUCUAUAGGUUCGGGAACGUGAGCGUGUUACUAGACUCAGCAAAUUCUAAGUUGUUGGCCCAGGAAGCAGGAGGUUGGUUUCCUGUUGAUCUUGACAGCUUGCUUAAGAUGCACUAUAGUGCUGUUGCUGGAAAACAAUGAAACAUUACCCCUAAGAAGGAAGUCAGAAGGAACAUUAGCAGAAGAAGCUGUGUUUUGGAACAUCAUGAAGGUUUGAAUAUGAACACUUACUGGUAUAAGCAGGAGAAUUCAUGGGUUUUGAAUAUUACCAACAUAUUUGCUAUCAUAAUUCGGUAUUGACAGUUAAAAAGAAAAUUCACCUUUUUUCGUUGCAGGCAUCUGAGUUUGUGUGUACCUUUGGCUUGACCAGUCACUUGUGUAACGACUUACAAGAUUGAUGAAGUUGUUUUCUUUGUUAGACAGUGCAUAUUCGCAAUUCUUGUUUUUCAGGUUACCGAGCAGAUCAUUGAUGGAGGUUAUAAAGGUUUAUCCUUUGG